AUGCCGUCAGGCCGACGUGGCGGGCGUGCCCGGACGUCCCAUAUCCGCCCCAUAUUUGGACUGGAUAUGAGGGGUGCCGUAUAUAGCACGUGCUUCCUUGUUGAAGAUGGCACGUUGGCUAUCUCACUCAAGAAAGAAGAUGGCACGCCUCGAGACAGCACCCACAACCCUCGCCGUCCGGUUAUAAAACAAGACAAACCCUCGCCGCCGGGUCACCGUCUCCACCGCGACCGGCCCAAACCGACCAUGCCAUACACCAUGGCGACCUCCUCGCGUGCCGCCGGCAAUGGUCUCUCCACCGGUUCCAGUUCCGCUUCCUCCAUCGUCGCCGGCGCCGUGAGCGGCUACCACUUGCUGACGAUCGUCGGCUACUCGCGCACCAAGGAUGUCCCCAACGGCGAGUGGAUCGACUCUUGCCCGUUCCAGGUGGGAGGCCGCACAUGGCAUCUUCGUUACUAUCCCAACGGGUUCGAGUCCAGUAACACCGAUCACCUAUCCCUCUAUGUCGAACUCGAUGAUAUCGUAGGCGAGGCUGAGGCCGUGAAGGCGCAGGCCAACUUCAGCUUGCUCGACCAAGAUGGGAAUCCGGUGCUGCCCUAUAGCUGGGGAACCGGUACCCAAAAAUUCUCCUCCGUAGAAACAAAUUGGGGAUUCAACAAGUAUAUCAGAAGGGAGACGUUGGAGAAAUCAGUGCAUCUCAAGGACGAUUCCUUCACUGUCAAGGUACAAGUCACUGUCAUGACCGCGAUCCACGCACGGAAGACACCAUCCGUCGCGGUGCCACCGUCCGACAUGCACCGACACUUCGGGGAUCUCCUGUCGAGCAAGGCGGGCGUCGAUGUCGAGUUCCGAGUCGCCGGGGAGACAUUCUCGGCGCACCGAUUGGUGCUCGCGGCGCGGUCUCCUGUCUUCAGAGCUGAGUUCUUUGGGCCCAUGAAGGAGGGCACCACCACUGAGGCCAUAUGUAUAGAUGACAUUGAAGCAGACGUGUUCAAGGCUCUGCUUGCAUUCAUCUACACGGAUGCAUUGCCUGCUAUGGAUCAACAGGAGGAGUCUGCCAUGGCUCAGCAUUUGCUUGUUGCAGCAGAUAGGUAUGAUUUGGAGAGGCUGAAGCUGAUUUGUGAAGAGAAGCUGUGCAAUCAUAUCGAUACGAGCUCGGUGGCCACUAUCUUGGCAUUGGCGGAGCAGCACCACUGCCACGGGCUUAAGGCGGCAUGCUUGCUGUUCCUCAGCUCGCCAGUGAAUCUGGAUGGGGCCAUGGAGUCUGAAGGUUUCCAGUUUUUAACCAAGAGCUGCCCUGGUGUUAUGAAGGAUCUCCUCUUGUCCCACGUUGCUCCUAGUAUACUCGGGAAAAGAAAAUCAAAGGCAUGA